CGCUGGAUCCAAACAAUGGUGUUUGCCAUUAAAGAAAUCAACAAUAUUUCCAGUUUGUUACCAGGAGUGACACUAGGCUAUCGGAUCUUGGAUAGCUGUGACUAUGUCCACACUAGUCUGCGGAGCACGUUGGCUCUGGUGAACGGGACCUCCGGUCAAACACAGGCUGUUGGGAGUGCCAAAUGCCUUUCCACGGCCCCGGUGUCAGCUGUCAUCGGUCUGGCAUCCUCUUCACCUACUCGUGCUGUGGCACAUACUUUGGGUCCAUUCGGAAUUCCACUGAUAAGCUACUUUGCGACUUGCACCUGCCUUACAGACAAGACAGAGUACCCGUCUUUUCUCCGUACAGUCCCCAGUGAUGUUUUUCAAGUGCAAGGACUGGUUCAGAUGGUUUCCUACUUUGGCUGGCACUGGGUGGGCACAGUUGGCACAGAUGAUGACUACAGUAACUAUGGCAUCCAGGCCUUUACCGAGCAGCUCAGACAACUUGGUGGCUGUAUAGACUUUCACCACACUAUACCCAAAGCAGCCUCCCAGGCACAAAUACAUGCUAUUGUCAACCGUCUGGAGGCUUCAUCGGCACGAGUCAUAAUAGCAUUUGCCACGGAAGGGCAGCUGCUGGAGCUCCUGACUGAAGUGGCGUACAGGAAUCUGACAAGGUGGCAGUGGGUAGCCAGUGAAGCUUGGGUGACAGCAAAACUUCUCACUGUCCCGGAGCUUCACCCUGUUUUGGCUGGAACAGUGGGCUUUGCUUUCAGAGGCACCACUAUUCCUGGUUUGGCUGAGUUUCUUCUAAAAGUAAGGCCUUCACCAAGAGCUGAAUCUGUUUUUACUAACAUGUUCUGGGAGGAACUGUUUGGAUGCAGACUAGAUUAUGAGGACGACGGUGAUUCAGUGUUACCCCUCUGUACUGGCUCUGAGGAUCUGAUGGACACUGAGACUAGCUACACUGAUGUAACACCGGUGAGAAUUUCCUACAAUAUCUACAAAGCAGUUUAUGCCAUCGCUCAUGCUCUACAUCAACUGUUACAGUGUGGCUCUGAGGGCCGAGGCUUUGAUGAUAAAGUCUGUAACACGGCAUCAAAGUUCUCUCCAUGGCAGCUUCUUCGCUACCUGAAGGAAGUCAAUUUUAUUAACCAGUUAAAUGAGAAAGUAUAUUUUGACAAAAAUGGAGAGCCUGUGCCCCUCUAUGACAUCAUAAACUGGCAAACAAAUGGCGGCGGUGCCAUUCGGUUUCAGAUCGUGGGCACCUUUGAUGGUUCUGCCCCAAAGGGGGAGCAGCUUAAGAUAGAUGAGAAGUCAAUUCAGUGGGCAGGGGGACACGUUAAGGUCCCCGUUUCUUUAUGCACCCCUCCUUGUCCUCCGGGAACACGUCAGGCCACUCGGCCAGGGCAGCCUAUCUGCUGCUUUGACUGUUUGCCUUGUGCUGAAGGGGAAUUCAGCAAUAUCUCAGGUGCUACUGAGUGCAUCAAGUGUCCCCAGUACUACUGGCCAAACAAAGAAAGAGUUGUCUGCCUUGCUGGAAUGGAAGAGUUCCUCUCCUACCACGAAAUUAUGGGCAUCAUUCUCAUUUUUCUGUCUCUCCUUGGAGUUGCUGUGGCAACAGUUAUCACAGUGAUAUUCUUCCUCUUUCGAAGCACGCCCAUAGUUAAGGCCAACAACUCCGAGAUAAGUUUUUUACUCCUGCUCUCUCUCAAACUUUGCUUCCUUUGCUCGCUGGUGUUCGUGGGCCGGCCCUCGCCAUGGACGUGCCGUGCCCGGCAAGCUGCGUUCGGGAUCAGCUUUGUUCUCUGCAUCUCAUGCAUUCUGGUGAAGACAAUCGUAGUGCUGCUGGCUUUUCGUUCGACUAUACCAGGGUCCAGUUCUCUAAAGUUAUUUGGUCCUCCGCAGCAGAGGGCUUUUAUCUGCUUUUGUACAACGGGUCAGGUCAUUCUGUGUGCUUGCUGGCUGGCACUAGCACCUCCUUACCCCUAUAAAAACACAUCAUAUCAGGGUGGUAGGAUUGUUCUGGAGUGCAAAGACGUGUGGCCUCUAGGAUUUUAUCUGGUGCUGGGUUAUAUUGGAUUGCUCUCUUGUAUGUGCUUUGCCCUUGCUUUCCUAGGACGGAAACUCCCGGACACGUUUAAUGAAGCCAAGCUCAUCACUUUUAGUAUGCUAAUAUUUUUUGCGGUGUGGAUCUCCUUUAUACCAGCAUAUAACAGCUCACCAGGGAAAUACACAGUGGCGGUUGAGAUCUUUGCCAUUCUAACUUCCACUUUCGGACUCCUGUUUUGUAUUUUUGGACCUAAAUGUUACGUGAUUUUGCUAAGGCCUGAUUUAAACACUAAGAAGGGAAUGACUGGAAAAACAUCAAAAUGA